AUGAAGGCCUGGGGAGCUACCAAGGCUGCCGCCUUGCUGCUGACUUCCCUCUGUACGACGCCACAUUUACUCGUCCAAGCCAAGGACGAGCCCACCAUCGCCGUCAAGCAAUUCGCCCACUUCCCCGAGAGACUCCAAUACUUCGACCAGUCUGAUAUAAUCCUGUUCCAGGACGUCAUCGACCGGAAUGUCUACCAGUCCACCAACGGUGGUGAGACAUGGGACCGUGUAGCCGAUGUCCCCGAGGGCAAAGCGGUCGCCCUCUUCAUGCACGAGUUCAGCAAUGAGCGUGCCUACAUCAUGACCGAGGGCAUGACCCACUACAUGACCCUCGACCGGGGCAAGACCUGGAAGUCAUUCUUUACCGAUGCCGAGAUGAGCAUAUUCAGGUCCAGUGUAUUCAACUUCCACGCCAGCGACCCCGAUCGCAUUAUAUUCAAUGGCAUGGACUGCCAGAGCAUCUUCUGUGACGAGAUCACAAUGUACACAACAGAUGGCUUCAAGAGCGAUGCCAAGUUUCUCCGCGGCAACACCGCCGGAUGUUGGUGGGCAAAAUCCUCGGAUCUGUUCACAACCGGCCAGGAGGACCUGGACAAGCAGCGCAUCCUGUGCGCCGUGAGGGACACCUUCUCGCCCCUUAGACAGGACAAUCGCUUGCUUAUCUCGGACAACUACUUCGCUGCCAAGGAUGCGAAGGGUGUGAUACAGGAGUUCGAGCCGAACCUGGACACCAACAGGCCCGUCCAGGGUAUUGUGAACGUUGCUGCGGUGAAGAAGUUCUUGCUGGUUGCCACUACUUCUCUCAACACGGAUGAGAUGGCCUUGUUCGUCACCGAUGACACCCUUAAGUGGCAUCGCGCCAUGUUCCCUACAGACCAUCGCCUCGACCAAGAGGCUUACACCGUGUUGGAGAGCACAAAUUACAGCAUCCAGGUUGAUGUCAUGACCACGCGCCCAUCCAACCCGAUGGGUGUCAUGUUCACGAGUAACUCCAACGGCACGUUCUUCACCCGCAACAUCGAGCAUACCAACCGUAACAUGAUGGGGAAUGUCGACUUUGAGAAGAUCGCCGGUAUACAGGGAAUAUUUCUGGUUAAUAAGGUGGUCAACUAUGAAGAGGUGGAAAAGAGCUUCUUGGCCGAGAAAAAGAUCAUCUCUGAGAUCACUCAUGACGACGGACGAACGUUCGACUAUGUGCAGACGCAUGACGCAGGCGACAAGAUACAUCUGCACUCUGUGACACAGAUGAACAAUGUCGGCCGAGUCUUCUCAAGCCCAGCUCCUGGGUUGGUCAUGGCCAAUGGCAAUGCUGGAGAAUACCUGAAAUCUCCCUCGGAGGCGAAUCUGUACAUCUCCGACGAUGCCGGCAUGCAUUGGCUAGAGGGCCCGAAAGGGCUACACAAGUUCGAGUUUGGAGAUCAAGGCAACGUUUUGGUCGCGAUCCGCGACUCUGACAAGCCCGACGUCGGUGAGAUCAAGUAUUCUCUAAACCACGGAAAGGACUGGAGGACCACCAAGUUUCCAGAAGGUCUGGAGAUCAAGCCCUGGAUCCUCACCACGACCCCUGACUCGACUAGUCUCAAGUUUAUCCUCACCGGUCAGACUGGCGACGAAUCGAACCCCAAAUACCAUGUCAUUGCUAUCGACUUUGAGGGUCUGCACGAACGCACUUGCGAGAAAGGGGACAUGGAGGAAUGGUCGGCCAGGGUGGAUAAAGACGGCAAGCCUACAUGUCUCAUGGGCCAUACGCAGAAGUACACGCGCAGAAAGAAGGAUGCCGACUGCUUUAUGAAACAGGAAUUCCACCUGGUCACGUCCGAGACGAACGACUGUGAAUGCACCGAUAAAGACUUUGAAUGCGACUACAACUUUCGAAGAGAGGACGGCGAGUGUAAAGCCGCCGGUCCAGUCAUCGCACCAGAUGGUGCUUGCAAGAAUGCAGGCCCCGACGACACCUUCAAAGGCUCUUCAGGAUGGCGCUUGAUCCCUGGAAAUACCUGCAAGAGGACAUCCGGCAAGCAGAAGGAUGACCCGGUGGAGCGCAAGUGCAGCGACUCGCAGUCGCCGCCCAAGGCGCCUGGCAGCGGCAAGGUUGAUGCGUCACAGUAUGUCUUCAAAAAUUCCAGAGAUGUCGAGAAGCAUUAUCUUGACCGCGGCGAAUCGAGUUCUUCCGACGACGAAACUAUCAUCGCCAGGGGCGAUGGUAAGAUCAUGAUCACCCAUGACGCCGGCAAGACUUGGAAGCAGCCUGAGGCAUUGAACAGUCAGUAUUGGGGGAUUGUUUUGCACACCUACUUUAAGGACGUGGCCUUUUUCAUCAAGUCAGAUGGAAAGGUCACCUACACGAUCAACAGAGGCAGCGCCUAUGAUGAAUUCAAGGCGCCUACGGAACCCAACUUGGAGUCACGGAAAUCACCACUCUCUUUCCACCCUGACAAGAAGGAUUGGCUCAUCUGGACCGGCCGAAAGUGUGUUUCUGAGAAGAAUUGUUACGACGAAGCCUCACUUUCCAAGGACCGUGGGGAUAACUGGAAGACUAUCAUGCGGUAUGUCGACCGGUGUGAGUUCACCGGAUCCAGUUCAUUUAGGUUCCGCAACAGCGACCAGAUCAUCUGCAAAAACAGGCAGCGGGAAGAUAGUGAUACUUCCAACAACCCCUGGAUACUUAGUGGCAGCAACGACUUCUUCGACACCAAGAAGGUACUCCAAAAUGAUGUCAAGGACUUCGCGACCAUGUCAGAGUUCAUCGUCGUGGCAACCGAGAACACCACGAAAAGUACGCUCCGGGCUUUGGCCAGUCUUGAUGGAGAGACAUAUGCUGAGGCUCACUUCCCGUAUGGCUUCGAGGUUCCUCACCAGCACGCAUAUACCGUUCUAGACAGCUCCACUCACGCUGUGAACCUGUUUGUCGCUACUGAGACAUCAGAUGACGUUGAACACGGAGAUAUCAUGAAGAGUAACUCCAACGGCACCUCUUACGUCAUGUCCAUCUCAGGCGUCAACUGUAAUAAGAAUUACUUUGUGGACUUUGAGAAGAUGCUGGGCCUCGAGGGCGUUACGAUGGUCAAUAUUUACGCAAACCGGGACAAGAAAAACGAGCCAAAGAAGCUUCGCACACAGAUCAGCCAUAACGAUGGCGCCGAGUGGGCAUACCUCCCGCCUCCUGACAGGGAUUCUGAGGACAAGAAGUUUGAAUGCAGUGGCAAGGGUGACGAGAAGUGCGCCCUGCACAUUCAUGGUUACACCGAACGCAGGGAUCACCGCAAGACGUUUUCAUCUGCUGGAGCUGUUGGUCUCAUGUUUGGCUGGGGUAACGUUGGUCCGUACCUGGGCAAGCUUGAUGAUUCUGACACGUACAUGACCACCGACGCCGGCAUCAGCUGGAAGCAAGUGAAAAAGGGUCGCUGGCUAUGGCAGUAUGGGGAUCAGGGCUCUAUUGUUGUCCUGGUCCCAUUGGACAAGAAGACGAAGACUGUGUCGUACACAAUGGACGAGGGCAGAACUUGGACUGACUAUGACUUUGCCGAGAGCGAGAGGAAGGUCACUGACUUCACUACUCAAGCAUCUGGCGUCUCGCGAAAGUUCAUCGUCUGGACAGAAGACGGCGAUGAUACUCACGCCACGACCAUCGACUUCACGGGCUUGGCUGAUCGGGCGUGCGAGCAAAAGGACGACCCCGAGGAGUCCGACUACCACAUCUGGUCGCCCAGCCACCCGCUCCAAGAUAACGACUGCCUCUUUGGGCAUGUGACGCAGUACAUGCGCAAGAAGACGGACAAGAAGUGUUAUAAUGGGUACAGGAUACAGCACGUCUACAACGUCCAGAACUGCACCUGUAGUCGCCAAGACUAUGAAUGCGACUACAAUUACGAGCUCGAUAACCACGGCUCAUGCCAACUGGUCAAGGGUCUCGAGCCUAUGGACCAUGUGCAGUGGUGCAAGGAUGACCCGUCCAGAACAGGAUACUUCGAGCCAACAGGCUACCGGAAGAUCCCCCUGUCAACGUGCCAAGACGGCAUAGAAUAUGACAAGCAGGCUACUGAGCACCCCUGCCCAGGCAAGGAGCAGGAAUAUGCAGAGAAGCACCGCAUCUCGGGCGUCGGGCUGUUCUUUGCCAUCACGAUCCCCUUCGCGGUGGCCGCGGCGGCCGGUUGGUACGUAUACAACAACUGGAGCCACAAGUUUGGCCAGAUCAGGCUGGGCGAGAACAGCAACACGUCGCCGGCUGGGUUCGGCGGCGGCGCUUUCGACUCAGACUCGCCGUGGGUGCGGUACCCAGUCAUUGCGGUCAGCGCCGCGGCGGCGGUGGCAGGCGCUAUCCCGCUCGUCGCCGCGGCGGUCUGGAGAGCGGGCGUCGCGGCCGUCGACAGGUGGCGCUACGGCAGCGGCGGUGGCUGGAGCAGCCUCAACGGGGGCGGCGGGCGCUUCGGCGGCAGCACAAGGCCGUUCACUACGCGGGACAGCUUCGCGCGCGGCAGGGGCGACUACGCCCACGCCGAUGACGAUGAGGGGGAGCUGUUGGGGGAGGACAGCGAUGAGGAGGUGUAG